GUCCAUGCCUUUUUAAAAAUCAAAUUUUUUCUUGACUUGUAUGAACUUCCUCUUUUUAGCGUCAACCGUUUAAGUUCUUAUUUCAAAAUGGGUCGUAUGUACUGUGCUGGCAAGGGUAUCUCUGGUAGUGCCCUCCCCUACCGUCGCUCUUCCCCCUCGUGGUUGAAGACCAACUCUGAGGAAGUUGCCGAUCUCAUCUGCAAGAACGCCAAGAAGGGUCUUUCCCCUGCCCAGAUUGGCUUGAUCCUCCGUGACUCCCACGGCAUUCCCCAGGUCAAGUCCGUCACUGGCAACAAGAUUGUCCGUAUCUUGAAGGCCAACGGUCUCGCUCCCGAGAUCCCUGAGGACUUGUACCACCUCAUCAAGAAGUCGGUCACCAUCCGCAAGCACAUGGAGCGCAACCGCAAGGACAAGGACUCCAAGUACCGCUUGAUCUUGGUCGAGUCGCGUAUCCACCGUCUCGCACGUUACUACAAGACCGCUGGCCAGUUGCCCCCCAACUGGAAAUAUGAGUCUGCUACUGCCUCUACUUUGGUUGCCUAAGCAAGUCAUUUGGACCUGGUCCCAACUGGAUAGUUGUACCUUUUUUUUGUGUACAAGCCCUCAAUGUUGGCGACUGUAAUAAACGAAGACUUUUCGUCAAGU